AUGUUUAUUGUUGUAUAUUAUUUAUUGCUAUAGUUAAUUUUGUUAUUUGUUUUUACUUAACUUAUUUUCCAAUAUCGUAAAAAUUGAAACUUGAUUAUAACCGAUAAUUGAUAGAAACACGUUGUGGAGAAAGAUGGCCCAUAUUCAACUCGUCGAUGAAAUCGUUAGAGAAUAUUUACUUUUUAGAGGAUUCACGUCUACUGUUAAAGCAUUUGAUAAUGACUUAAAGACCGAUAAAGACAAAGGCUUCCGUGUCGAUAAAAUGGUCGACCAAAUUAUGCAUUAUAUCAAUUAUUCAGAUCUUAAUGGUCUCAAGGAUUAUUGGAAUCAUUUAGAGACGCUGGUGUUUUCCAAGUUAGAGAUACAUGUUCAGCCUGCUAUCAGAAAAAUAGAGUACAGUCUGUACAAGUUGUAUUUGGUAACUGCCACUCAGAAUGCUGGAGGUGUACGUAAUGAGAAAGUAUCAGAAUUCAUGGCCAAAAUGCUUCCCGAAUUGCAAGGACAAAGUGAAUGGAAAGAGUGGUUUAUGUUACCAUAUGUACAAAAACCCGAUGAAAAUCCUUCAUUCAGCUUGUACUUUACAAGGGCUUGGCAGGACAGUGUUUUGGUGUCUCUUCAUAAUUUGUUGGCUACAGUAUUCCAGUGUAUGCCACAUCCAACUCUCACCAGUUACGAAAGCGAUGCAGCUCUCCUAAAACGUCUUCAAGAAGAGAUCAAUGCUUUAAAGCUAAAGUCCCAACAGCCUGCAACUGAGAAGACGUCGCCUUGUGGUCAUCAGUCAAGAUUAGCCCAGUACUCUGAAAAACUAAGUGGACCACUUUCUCUGGUGGAUGAUUUCUCUGCUAUACCAUCAGAAAAUUUGGAUCACGGGUUAAGAGAGGCCAGAGGACUAAGAGGAUUAUUGAGACAGAUGGGUGGUAGUCCUGUCAUGGGAAAGAAAUCUGGAAGAUCUCAGAGCCAAAAUUAACUGUAUUUUUAUUUUUUUAAUAAUUAAUUUUAGCAUAAGUACUAAGCACCAUGUUUGUAUUGUUUUAAAAUUGAAAUUACAAUAACAUAGUGUCAUAUAAAUUUAUUAUGAGGAAGUGUGACACUUUAAGCCUACACUUUCGUAUAUUUAUUAUAUUCAGUAUAAGUAAUGCCUUAAGAGUAUGAAUGGCUAUCAUUUUUAUUUAAAGAAUUAAGUACUGUUU